CAUUCACUCGUCUUCGCUCACUUAGCUGCAGCCAGCACUUCCAUUCCUGACCUCGGUUAGAGUUUCCCUUAGAGUUUCCAUUCCUGACAGUAGAGCACUAGAGCGAUGGCUCAGGGAAGGGGCAGUGCUGCUCGUGGCAACAGCGCCGUCGUGCUGGCGCUGGUCCUCCUCUGCGUGCUCCUCCACGGGGAGUUCGCCGAGUCGGCGGUGUACUCAGUCGGCGACCGCGGCGGGUGGAGCUUCAACACCGCCGGAUGGCCCAGGGGCAAGCGCUUCAGCGCCGGGGACGUGCUGGUGUUCAAGUACAGCCCGAGGGCGCACAACGUGGUGCCCGUGAGCGCGGCGGGGUACAACUCGUGCAGCACCCCGAGGGGCGCCAGGGUGCUCCAGACCGGCAACGACCGCGUCACGCUGAGGCGCGGCACCAACUACUUCAUCUGCAGCUUCCCCGGGCACUGCCAGGCCGGCAUGAAGAUCGCCGUCACCGCGGCCUGAUCGGAUCGAUCGAUCAGCCGGCGGCGGCGCGCGGCUGGGCGGGCGGGCGGGCUGUCUAGAUUUCCUCCGAAGUAAAGUAAUUAAUCAAACGGUGCCUGUUGCUCAAUAAUAAUAAUAAUAACGUGUCAUCGCGUACGUACGCGCGUGUUAGUCAUGGUUAGAUCUGGCAGAUUUUGGUCCUGCUAUGUGUGUGUUCCAUCUUUUGGGGUUGAUAUGUAACACACCGACAGUCUAUAUCUGUUUGUGCGUAAUUUGGUGAUUCAUUGCUUGUAUCACCGCAUGACGUAUACUUUCGUUCUAUCUGCAACUCAAGCAAAA